AUGGCACAUUCUGAUACCUUUCCCGUGGGUUACAAGUGUCAUCCAAGAGACGAGGAGUUAGUCGGAUACUAUCUGUAUAACAAGGUUCGUGGCACACCUUUUAGGGUUGAGAAUGUUAUUCCUGAGAUCGAUCCUUAUGGUAGCAUGGAGGCAAGAGAUAUAUGGAAUAACAAUGGCGAACAGAAUUUAGAAAAGGAUGAAGACCUUUAUUUCUUCACCAAGCUGAAGCCGGCCAAGGGUACGGGUUCCCGAGUGGCUCGCACCAUAGGGUCUGGGACAUGGAAGGGCGAGACCGCAGGGGCCAAAGUCAAAGAUCCCAAGACUAAGGCCCUGUUUGGGAUUGAGUAUGAUAUUCCGCAGCAGCAGGAGCACGCGACUGCUACUAGUGAUCCUCUCAACGUUACAAACUUGCCAACUAGGCUUGCUGAGCAGCAACACUACUUUGUUACGCAAGACCCAACUGUGGCUUACUCAUCACUGGCUAUGGCUGGGCCAGACAAUCAAGAGCAACAAGUGCAGAACCCAGCUAUGGCCUCUUCACUAGGUAUGUCAAUAUCUAGCCAAGAAGGCUAUCUUCAGCACAAUGGUUUGGUGAGUAAUGUUAUGACGGACUUGACACAGUACUACUACUCCAGUACACAAGACCCAAGUAGUGGUAUUGUUUCCUCUCAGUAUGAUCCGCCGCAGACUGCUACUACUGGGUUCGCUAAUCAACCACACUAUUUCGUUACACAAGACCACCAGCCACACUACGUUGUUGCCGAUGCCACCGUGGCUUCUUCACUAUCUAGUCCAUCCGAUCUUGAUCAUAAUCAUCAUAUCAUGGAUAAGGAUCAACUUCCCCCUCUUACUUUUGACUACACCCCUGGUGACAUCAUGAUAGACUUGGACGACCUUUGGAACAAUUAA